CUACUCCGUCUGCAUACUUGGCACGUCCGCCGAGGUCGCUGCAGUGGAACCUCGCACCUCCUCCAGGCCCGCGUCUUUUCUCCUCGGUCCAGACGGGCAGCGUCCUGGGAAGAUGAUGGCGAUGGGCGUCGGGUGCGCGGAGGACACGUCGCUCGCGCUGCCCUCGGACAACGGGCUGCGCACGGGGCAGCAGCGCGUGCUGGAUCAAGUGCACACCAUCAAGAGGAGCAAGUCCAAACACGGGAUGAGCAGCUCGCCCACCGUUUCACCCACAAGCCUGAAUCUGCAGACGUCCACAAUCAACUCUGAGUUUGGAACGUUCAGGUUUUCUCCGUCCAAAACAAAUGGCACCUUCAGCCGCAACGCCUCCACUCUGUCAGGAGGCUUCAAGAAAGCGAUAAAUGGUCAGAGGAGCCGCAGUCUCUACACUAAAAACACUGUGGGGAGACAUUUCAGCACCUCGGGCGUCGCAGAGCAGCAAGUCAACAGCUCCAGGUGGAACCAGACCCCCAACGGCCUCAAACCCAGUCGCAGCGACCCGAUAUUAGCUAAUCUGCUCUCUCCCGCUCCUGGAACUCUUAUGAAAGCCAAAGGGCAGACGGCACAGAACCAGCCCACCCUGCAGUCACGAGUAACUAGACACAGCGUCCAGUCCGCAACCAACGGCACCCAGCUGACCAGCAGCCAGACGCGCAUGGGCCGCCCUCCCUCCACCCAUUCCAACACCGAUGGCAAGAUGGGUACCAUGAAAGUGUCCAAGACAGAGAUGCAGCAGUCAGGAGUCAGCAGCGCAGCGAACAUGUCCGAUGUCAUCACCCUGGAUCAAGCGGUGGCGUUCCUGUCUCACAGUGAGGAGACUUACCAGCAGUGCGGAGCCAACUACAUCCAACACAUCACCUACAAAGACGAAGAGGCCAAGCACAAGGUUUACCAACUAGGGGGCAUCCCCACUCUGGUGACCCUGCUGCAGAGUCCCGGCUCCGAGGUGAGCCAGGCCGCCGCCGGGGCUCUGAGGAACCUGGUGUUCAAGAACAAGGAGAACAAGUGUAAGGUUCAGCAGUGCGAGGGCAUCGCUCGGGCGCUGCAGCUGCUGAAGGGGACCGAGUCCACCGAGACUGAGAAGCAGAUCACAGGCCUGCUGUGGAACCUGUCCUCCGAAGACGACAUGAAGAGGGAACUCACCACGACGGCCAUGCCCGUGCUGACUGACAACGUGCUGGUGCCGUUCACCGCCUGGUCAGACAAGAUCAAGAACAACAACGUGCACCCAGAGGUCUUCUACAACGCCACCGGCUGCCUGCGGAACCUGAGCUAUGGCCAGACCGACGGGAGGAAGGCAAUGAGGAAGUGCCCCGGCUUAAUCGACUCCCUCAUGAGUUACAUGCAGUCGUGUGUGGCAGAGGACACUCCUAAUGACAAGUCUGUUGAAAACUGUGCGUGCAUCCUUCACAACCUGACCUACCAGCUGGAGGAAGAGUCCCCAGAGUGUUUUGUGAAGUUCAAACCCGAGGAAAAGAAGACAACCUCUACGGUUGGAUGCUUCAGCCCCAAGAGCAGCAAGGCCCAAAAAGAGAUUUUCAUCAAUGACGUACCAGAGGACAGCACAGCAUCAGGUGUGAACUGGCUGUGCCAUCCUAAAGCUAUGGCCAUGUACUUGUCUCUGCUGGAAACGUCCACUAAUGAGAGCACCUUGGAGGCCUGCUGUGGCGCCCUGCAGAACCUCACUGCCAGCAAGAAACCGGGGUCCAGUGCUAUGAGCCAGAUUCUGGUUCAGAAGCUGGGGGCUGUGAACACCUUGCCCACUCUGAUGAGUUCAGAGAACAAGAAACUGCAGAGCGUGGCCUUGUCCCUGCUGAGCAACAUGUGUCGGACCAGCGCGGUGCAGGCCUCCAUGGUAAAGCCGGUCCUGCCCAAACUCUGCAGCCUGCUCUCCUCUGGGCCCCAGGCCAUGGGCCGGUCUGACGACACCAUCGCCUCGGUUUGCAACACGACCCGGAGUCUGAUCCUAUCUGACACCGAGGUCAGCAAGAAGAGCAUUUCUGGUGACAUGGUGUCAUCGCUGAUUAACCUCAGUGAGGACAGGUCUUUUCCCAAAGGCAGUAACGCAGCCUCGGCGCUACUUUAUAGCCUAUGGUAUGAGAAGAAUCUGCAAAGUGUACUGAAAAAGAAUGGGAUGACCAAAGGGUUCUUUGUCAACGAGAACACCAAAAAGGCGCACAUGUCGACCCAAGUGGUGGAGUGAGCGGCGGGCGUCUGGAGGAGCCCAGCGUGACACAGCAGAUGGAAGCCGACAUGUUAAAACACUGCUGGGCCACACCCUCGCAGCACGGAGGGCAAAAGUCUUCAAAUUAUACAGCUGUCGAAAGAGCCUGUCAAUUACGAGUCAUCCAUUCUGCACAGACAGAGAAAAGCCUUUAUUUCCAUAACUAAUCCUGCCGUGUCACAUGUAUUUAAUUUGCAUAUGUUUCUGUCUGUGUAUAUAGAAAGCGGCGUGUGUGUGUGUGUGUGUGUGUGUGUGUGUGUGUGUGUGUGUGUGUGUGUGUUAGCGAUCGGUUCGCUGUGUGUGUGUGUUCUAUAAACCUGCCAUCCAGUCGAAGCGCAGACAGCUUGCCGUUGACGUUUCUGUCAAAUAUCUAAAGACAAAAUGUCAGUUGAGGCCUUGAGGAUGGAGCAGCUGAAAAUGAAAGUCAUAGGAAAGAAAAUGGGGAAUAAAAAGAAUGUAUGUGUAGUUUUGAAUUGUUGCUAUCAGAUGUUUUUGCUCUGUAGGUAAACUAACAGUUUUUUUUAAUGUUUGAUUCUGUUUUGUUGAAGUUAUUAGUUUUGUUUAUUAUGAAGAUACCUCCAGUAUAAAUGACAGAGUCAAGACUUAGUUUGAAACGAAAGCUCAAAAACAAAGAAGUGCUACAUUUCUAGUGUUUAAUGCAAAUCACUAUCAAAACCUACAUCGACUCUCAUCAACCAAAUAGUUAACAGAAUAAAAGUGAGGUUAUUCCACUCAGAACCGCUUACUCUGCAACAAAAUGAUGUUGGAGUCUGUUGAGUGUUCAGAAACCAAAGCAAACAAGAUAUCGUGUUAAAUGACAGAAGCAGAGACACAAACUCUGAGUUCAGUCGUUCAGUAUCGAUCCUUUCAACUAUCGUUCAUCAAAACCGCAACUAAACAGAACUAACUAUUUAUGUCAAGCAAGUGCCAUGUUCUGCUACGUCGCUUCUUCGCUAACGUGCUUGUGUGCAACGCAUCAGGGUUUUUUUUUUUUCAGAUAUUAAGGGUUGGAAACGGAGAUGGCAAAAUUGAGGCCAAGUUACAUAAAGAAGUCCAUGUGUUGGGAUCAGUGAAGGGACUGUGCCCUGAGAACGCGCCCCCUCAGGCCAGAGGUGCACCUUCAUACACACAUAAUGGUGUUUGAGCUCAUUUGUCUAAAAAGAUGUUGUUCUUCAUGUAAAGCUCUGUGUCAAUGUUUAAAGGGUCAUUACAGCACAUGCUAUUACAAUAGAGCUGCAUAUACAGGAUUUAAAGGUCUUUUUAAACACAUUGUUACAAAUACGUAAAGCUCGUGGCAGGUAAUGAGUUUCAGUGGACAGUUUGUCAGACGUUCAUGUGCCUCGGAGAAGAACAAUGUCAGUAUUGAUUAGAAUGUAUUUCUGGAGAAUCGUGUGUGGCCUGUAAUUGUAACUCCCUGACUCACAGUAUGUGUAUAUAAAUAAAUCACAGAUGCACAGGC